UUGGACCAACGUGCUCCUCGCAUCUACGCUCGUUUACUGUGUCGUGACCUUGUUCACUCACUCACUCACUCACUUAUACAUCUCAAUUGCUCAACUUGUCUCACCCCAUUGCAAGUUUUCCGCACCUGCCAAUUCGUCUCUCCAUCACUGCUAGUCUGCUACAGUUCCCGAUCCUAACCACCCGCUACACCCGCGAAUUACACCAUCAACACGCUCAUUCAACCUCAUCUGUAUUCGACCUCUACAAUUCAUACCCCCGAACAGCCCACCAAAAUGUCCAUCCGCACCCUCUCCGAUACCGACUUCGAAGACCACCCGGCCCAGCGCGCGCGCCCCACGCCCCCGACCCCCUCCGCCCACAGUCUCUGCUACGACUGGAUGGUGGUGUCGGGCAACUGCCACUACGCGCGCGACCGCGCCGUCUUCACGCACUACCGGCCGGUGAGCGUGCGGCUGAAGCACAACAUUUUCAACCCGAUGGACGAGCUGGAGGUGGCGGGUGUGGGCACGGUGGAGCUGCCGGUGGUGCGCUCGCUGGACAAUCCCUUCGCGACGCACGUCCUGGUGCUGGAGAACGUGCUGCACAUCCCCGAGGCGGUGUGCAAUGGCUUCAAUCCGUUGCUGUACGGCAGCAGCAUGUCGUGCACGGCCGAGGCGUGGACGGGGGCGGACCGUGCGGGCACGCCGCUGUGGGUGGCGAUGCCGUUCGCGGGUGGGAAUCGGCUCGUGCUGGCCUCGAGCCAGCAGCAGCAAGGGGUGUCGGAGUUGAUCGCGGGGAGGUAUUAUACGUUGAGUUUGUAUGUCAGUGCGGAGGAGAAGGGGGAGUUGAUGGAUUAGGG